AUGCCUCAAUUCAGCUGGGAGAAUACAAAGCGCUACUCGAAAAAGGGCUUCGACAAAGCGUGGGACACCGUCGAUAAACUCGGCGCUCCCGUCAACCGCCUGUCCUACAAACUGGGCACCGAGGCCUUCUGGCCCAUGACCAUCGACAAGGAAAGUGACAAGGCAGCGCGCAUCCUGCGCAGCUUCUGCAAAGAUGGAUUCUACGCACCCGAGUCGACCGACUCCACCGACUCCAACGGCAAGAUUAACCGCCCCAAGGGCAAACAGCGCGUCCUACAAAAGAUCCCCGCGCAAGUUAUCCAGAAUGCAAAGGGGCUGGCUAUCUUCACCACCAUGCGCACGGGGCUCUGGGUCAGCGGGUCUGGCGGGAGUGGCGUGCUGCUGGCGCGCAUCCCCGAGACAGGUGAAUGGAGUCCCCCGUCGGGGAUUAUGCUGCACACAGCAGGUAUUGGCUUCUUAGCCGGUGUCGAUAUCUACGACUGCGUGGUGAUUAUCAAUACUUAUGAGGCGCUCGACGCCUUCAAGAAAGUGCGCUGUACCCUCGGUGGUGAGGUCAGCGCCACGGCCGGUCCCGUGGGAAUGGGAGGGAUACUCGAGUCUGAGGUCCAUAAACGGCAGGCUCCGAUCUACAACUAUAUGAAGAGCAAGGGUCUCUACGCUGGCGUUUCCAUCGACGGCACAGUUAUCAUCGAACGUACCGACGAGAAUGAGCGUUUCUACGGUGAGCGCAUCUCGGUUAGCGACAUCCUCGCGGGGAAACUGAGACACCCGCCGCAUUACAUCUCCACUUUGCUCGAGACUGUCAAGGCCGCACAGGGCGAUGUGAAUGUGGACGAGAACUUGGUUCCGCCACCUGGCGAAACACCCGGCGAUGUUGAGCUGGCGAACCACGACAUGUCUGCCUUUGGCGUGCCGGCUGUGGAUGAUCCGGAUCCAUUCGGAGUAAAAGCGUUAGAGGCCGAGGGCCUGUUCAUCCGCGAGGCUGGUAGCAAGAUUAGGCCAACUGCUGAUGCAUUUGAAUUCCGGCCCAGCCCCAGCAGCCCCAUCUAUGCGACGUUCCCGCGCCGCAGCCUUGAUAGUUCCCCGCGGACCAGCUGGCGCGCCAGCGUGCAGAGUUACACGAGCGUGGACCGCGGCACUCAGACCGACGACGCCCCGCUAACUGCGACAACCUCAGUAAGCCGAGCGUCAUCGCGCAGCGCCAAGGAGUCAACGGGCGUUUCUUCGCUCGCUCCGUGGGAUGAGGACGACGCUCACUGGGACACGGUGCCGAUCCACGGUGGCGAGAAAGACGAGAAAGUCAACGGAAAUGGCGUUGAUUACCAUCACGAAGACCAUGCAAUUGAGUACGACGAUGACGACCUGGAGGUGCACGAGGUGAGCAACGCAACCGUGACCAAGCAGGAGAGCGUCGCCCCGUCUCCUAUUACCGUCGACGAGCACCCUUUCCCCGGCGACCCCAAGCGCUUCUCCCCGAACUUCACUCGCGCUCGUCUGGUCACCAUCCCCAAACGUUCCGGGCCGCCCGCCCUGCCUCCUCGCCACCCACAGCACAUCUGGGGCUCGGGAUCCAGCCGUGCCUCCACUUCGCCCACUGCCCUCUCGCAUUCCAGCCACAGCACCGAACCGACCGAAAACACUGAGCCGAUUGAGCCGGUUGAGCCCAUCACUGAGUCUGUGACCGUGAAGCAGCUCCAGACUACUACUGCCGUGCCUGCCGUUGAUGAGAAUGAGGAUGUCGACUCUGCUUCUGAGUUGCCGACGGACAAGGACGAGUUCCAUUCCAUGAACGGAGACCACGAGUCGGAUGGCGAGGAUGUCACUUUCAUGGAAAAUCAUGUUGUGCCAGAAACCGAGCGGAAAGAGUCUGUCACAACAGUGUCAGACUCAAAGCCAGAAACCAAGACCAAUGAGAAUGAGCAGCCAGAGGCCGAAGAGCAAGCAAAGACGCAAGACUCGGAAGGGCAAUUUCUCGACAAGAAACUCGGAGAGAUCACCAUCGAUGACCCGCGGCCUGAGCUGAAACUCGACACCACCAACACCGGCUCCUCCUAUGGCUAUGCUGCGUGA